AUGGCUUUCGAAGACGUAAUUAAUAACGUGACUGACGUUUUGGUCACUAAAAACACAACAGUGUUAAAAGAGCCCGAAAUUGUAACUACUUUCUCUACGACAGAAUUAGAUAUCUGGACAGAAGACAAUGCAGCAGGUUUGGAAAACGUGAUAAUUUCAUCAAAUGACUUGAAUCUGAAUUGGGAUUAUGAAGACGUUCUGAAGGAAGAUACUUGGAUUAUAAUUUUCACCUGGUGCAUUUAUACAAUGGUGUUUGUUACCGGAUGUAGUGGAAACAUCCUCGUUAUGGUCUCCAUACAUCAGUGCCGACAGCUAAAAGGCGCGCCGGCGGUGCUUUUGGCAAACCUAGCAGUAGCUGACUUUUUACUUUGUCUAAUAUUAGUACCUUUGCAAAGUUACGUGUACUAUACUACCGAAUUCCUUCUGGGGCCGAUUGUUUGCCGACUUGGUACCUUCUUAAAUCAGCUUGUAAUUGCUUGCUCUUCGUUCACACUAACACUCAUCAGCGUCGAGAGGUUGUACGUUGUAAAACAUCCCCUUAAAACGAGAGCUAUGAUUACACCAAGACGGGCUCGGAUUGCUAUCGUUGGGGUUUGGUUGAUCGCUGCGUUAUGCGCAGCACCAAACACAUAUAGGCAGGAACAUAUUUAUACCGACUACAGACGGGCGCAAUGCAGGCCGAGUUUUGCACAACCUUGGAUACAUUUGAAUGCCAUGUUCGAUUUCGUGGUCAAAUUCACCAUCCCCGUACUUAUCAUGGCAAUCUCGACACUUAAGAUGCUAGGAAUAGCGAACAGCUGCAUUAAUCCAUUUAUCUACGUGUUUAUGUCAAAGAGUUUUCGAUCAGCCAUAAGAACAACUUUGUGUCGCUGUCCAUGA